AUGGAGCUGCGGCGCAAGAGCAGCAGCCGGGGGCUGCCCCCCGCGGUGGCCGCCGUGGUGGCGGCAGCGGACUCUCUGCGCCUAUGUGACGCCAUCCGCUCCGCCGCCGCCGAGGUGCCCACGUGCCGGCGGGACUGCAGGACACUGGCCCGCUUUGUGGGCAAGGUGAUGCUGGUGAUUGAGGCGCUGCACCCAGCCAUGGAGCAGCAGCAGGCAGCGGCCAGGGAGGCGGCCGCGGCGGCGGCGGCGGCCUGCGGCGCGGGCCAGCCGCCGACGCCGCCUUCCGCGGCGGCCGCCGACGCCGCCUGCUCGCCGCUGCCGAGCCAGCCGCAGCGGCAGGACCCCGCGGCUGCGGGCGCCGCGGCGGCGGCGGCGGCGCAGCAGCAGCCGGCGCUGCCGCCCGAUGCGCUGCUGGUGGCGUGGGCCGAGGCGGCGGGCGACGUGCGAGAGGCUCUGUCUGCUGCCUCAGACCUGGUGGCGGCCUGCGGGGCCAUGGGCAGGCUUCAGGCGGUACUGGAGGCCGAAGAGAUGCGGCGCCGGUUUGCGGCGGCGGCCGCCGACCUUGGCCUGGCGCUGUCGGGGUUGCACGCGCUGCAGGCGGCGGCGCCUGCUGAUGUGGCCGAGGACGUGGCGACAGCUCAGCGCCAGCUGGCGGCCCUCCGCUUCUCGCCCAGCAGCCAGGCCGAGACGCUGGCGGGCGCGCUGCUGCGCGGCGCCACGCUGCAGUGCGUCGCGCCGGACGGCGGCGGCGGCGCCAGCGGCGGCGCCAGCGGCGGCGGCGGCGGCGGCGGCGGAGGCCAGCUGGCGCCGCUGCUUCUCGAGGCGCUGUCGCUGGCCGGGCUGGAGGCGUCUGCCGCCGCGGCGGACGGCCUGCCCUGGCCGCAGCCGCCGGCGUGGCUGGAGUUUGAGGUGCGGCGCAUGCGGGACGGAGCGGCGGCUGCGGCGGCGGCGGGGGACGCGAUCACCGAGUUCUUCUACACCCAGGCGACCUGCAGCCUGCUUCGGAUGAUGGUGGUCCUGUCCCUGCUGGCGCACAUGUGCGGGGCAUGGAGCCCCGAGCGGCAGCUGGCGGCGCACGCGGCGCCGGCGCCCAACGGCGUCCACGCCGCAUCCUCCGCGCCGGGAGCGGCGGCAGCUGCGGCAGCUGGGGGCGACCCGAAGCAGCAGCAGCAGCAGCAGCAGCAGCAGCAGGAGGGCGUGGGCGAGGGCGAGGAGGAGGGCGGCAGCCUGGCGGCCCGCCUGUACCACCACUUGGCUGCUUGGUCACACGAGGGCAGCUGGGGCCGGCAGCAGCAGCAGCAGGAGCGGCGCCUAGGCGUGCCGCCGCUGCCGGCCAGCGCUCUUGUGGUGCUCGACAGCCUGACAGAGGACACGCUGGCGUCCCUGUUGGCAGCCAUCAGGGCGCAGGGCGGCCACCCGCUGCGCUCCAUCGACCUCUCGGACCGAGCCACUCUGGUCGCCGCGCUGCAAGCCCCCUCUGAGCUCUCCCAGUUUGCGGCGGCCCUGCUGAUCGAGCAGCUGGUGGAAGGCGGCAGCGAGGCGGACCGGGAGCAGCUGGUGGAGCUGGGCGCGGUGCCCCGGCUGCUGGAGGUCAUGCGGACCACGCGGCAGCCCGCGCUGCGCGCCGCGUCUGCCACGGCGAUGCGGCACUGGGCGAGGGACGGCGCCAUGCGCAAGACGCUGGCCGCCGCCGGCGCCAUCCCCACCCUGUCGCUGCUGCUGCAGUGCCCCAGCACCAGCGCGCGGCAGGCCGCCGCCCGCGCCAUCUCCAACCUCGUCGUGCACAGCGAGGCCAACAAGAUAGAGGCAGCCAAGUUUGGCGCCAUCCAUAGCCUGGCCCGCAUGCUGGAAGCCAAGGACGCGCCGCUGCUGCAGGAGGCGGCGGCGGCGGCGCUGGCCAACCUGGCGGCCAACAGCGGCGAGGCGCAGAGCCUGAUCGCCAGCGCGGGCACCAUCCCGCCGCUGGUGGAGGUGCUGCGCAGCGGCACGACUGCCGCCAAGCAGCACUCGGCCCGCGCGCUGCGCAACCUGGCCGGGCGUGACACGCAGAACAAGCUGCGCACGGUGGAGGCCGGCGCCAUCCCGCUGCUGGUGGCGCUGAUGGCAGCGGAAGGGGACGCCGGCCACGCCUCGCGUCAGGCGGCGGCGAGCGCGCUGAGCAACAUCGCCUGCAACUGCGAGCAGGCGCAGCAGGAGAUUGUGGCGGCGGGCGCGCUGCCCGUGCUGUGCGACCUGCUGCUGCCGUCCUGCGCCUGCGGCACGGCGGUGCGCGAGGCCGCCGCCUGGACACUCUCCAACCUGGCCUGCUCGGCGGACGUGCGGGCGCAUCUGAGCAAGGACCCGUCCCUGCUGGAGGGCGUGGUGGCGGGCCUGGUGGAGCUGCUGCGUUCGCCCGCCGACUCGGCGGGGCAGGCCGCCGCCCGCGCCAUCAAAAACAUGUCGGCGGGGCACCACAACAACAACAAGGUAAAGAUAGCCGAGGCCGGAGCCAUCCCGCCCCUGGUCUCCCUGCUGCGCUCUCCCAAGGAUGCCACCCGCAAGGCCGCCGCCUCAGCCCUGUGGAACCUGGCGUACCGCAACAACCCCAACCGCCAGGAAAUUGUGCGGGCGGGCGCCAUACCGCUGCUGGUCCAGCUGCUCACGACACGCCCACGGGGUGUGCUGGACCUGCAGCAGCACCACCAGCUGCACUCGUCAUCAGAGGAGCAGGAGGGGUGCCGCCAGGAGGCGGCGCGGGCUCUGUCCAACCUGUCCUGCAACAACGAUGUGGGGCAGGGGCACCAGAUGGUGGAGCAGGGGGCGGUACCGCUGCUGGUAGCGAUGAUGCAGUCGGCGUGCCACGCAGGCAAGGAGGCGGCGGUGGGCGCCGUCUCCAACCUGGCCUGCAUCCGAUCCCACCAGCAAGCCAUCCUGGACGCGGGAGCGGCGCCGCUGCUGCUGCAGCUGCUGCAGCCGUCGGCGGGGCCGGGGUGCCAGGAGGCGGCGGCCCGCGGCUUUGGCAACCUGGUGUGCGACUCCCUGUCCGACACGCUGCGCCCGGUGGCGUACCAGGCGGUGCCGCUGCUGGUACGGGUGAUGGGGUCGGGCGGCGACGGUGCGCGGCAGGCCGCCGCCCGCGCCAUCUCCAAUCUCGUCUGCUCAGACGUCACGGUGCAGGUGCUAGUGGCCAAGUCGGGGGCCGCCGCUGCGCUGGUGGAGCUGUGCAAGAGCCCCGGCGAGGAGGUGCGGGAGACGGCGGCGGUGGCCCUCUGGGACCUAGCCUACGACUGCAGCCUGGGGAGGGAGGCGAUCGCGCGGGCGGGCGCGGUGCCCUGGCUGGCGCAGCUGCUGCUGUUUGGGGGCCCAGGCGCCAAGGAGGCGGCGGCGGCGUGCCUGGCGGAGCUGGCGGCGGUUGGGCCCGCGGUGCAGCACCAGAUUCGGGAGGCAGGGGCGGUCCCCAUGCUAGAGAACUUGCAGGGCUCUGCCGUGGAGGAGGUGGCACUGGCAGCCACCGAGGCGCUUCGCUCCCUGGAGGCCAACAGCAGCCGCGACAGCAGCCGCGCCAGCAGCGCCAGCCAGCCCCUGCCCGCGGCCGCUCUGCCCCCGGCGCCCGCCGCGGCGGCGGCGGCGGCGGCCCAGCAGCCGCACGGCGGCUCCGCGGCCGCGCCCGGCAGCGUGGGCAGCGCCGGCGGCAUGUCGUUCAAGAAGAGCAGCAGCUGGGGGCGGCGCGGCUCCCAGACGCUGUCCCUGGAGCAGGUGCCUCCAGAGCUGGCGGCAGAAGAGGCGGCCACGGCGGCCUCGGCGGCGGCGGCCACAUCGCCGCCAAAGCCCCACGCCCUGCCGCCGCGGCCCCCGGGGAUGCCGUCCUCGCCGCCGCCGCUGCCGCCCUCAGCGCGCGCGUCCCUGCAGCAGGCGCAGGCACACGGCAGCCACGGCGCGUCGCCCUUCUCCAGCCCGAGCGCGGCGGCGGCGCAGCGUGCGGCAGCCGGCGGCGGAGCAGCCCCUCUACACUGA